AUGGAUAAAUGGUUAACCAGUAGUAAUGCAACUAAAGUCAUUAAAACAUCUUUAAAUUUGGUCCCGGAAGAAAGUGUAGAUGACCCUGAACCAUUUACAGUUGCCAGCACCAGAAGUAAUGCAACUAAAGUUAUUAAAAAAUCAUUAAAUUUAGUUGAUGAAUAUGUAGAUAACAAAGUAAAAAUUACAGUUUCAAGUGGUAAUACAACUAGUAGUUCGAAGAUUCAAUGA